GUCAAUGACGAGGAGCCAAAAGAUCCAAAUCCACAAUCCAGAGGAUGGGAAGCGAAGCUUUCCCACAGUCAAAUCGAAAAAGCACACAUCCUAUCCAACAGAGGUCCAUUAGUUAUCAAAAGAAGUCAGUCUUUCAAUAAUAAUAAUUAUCCACACCAUGUUGGCUUCCUCCUCUGGUCGUUGGGUGCUUGCCGCCUUGUCGCAGCAAAGUCGAAGAAGUGUCCGAUGCUUUUCUUCGUUGCCGGAUUAUUCGCCUGUGUUUUCGUCAAAUGUCUACACACAAGUGCCGGAAUAUCGUCAAUUGAUGGGUCCCGAAGCCGUCUCGACGAUUGAGUUGCCCAAUGGAGAAACCAUGUUACAAGUCAGUCCGGAAGCAUUGCGUGAAUUGUCCAGGACGGCUUUUGGGGACAUUGCGCAUUUGCUUCGUCCCGCCCACUUGCAGCAAUUGAGGAAUAUUCUGGACGACCCCGAUGCGAGCGACAAUGACCAAUUUGUGGCGUUGGAAUUGCUCAAGAAUGCCAAUAUUGCGGCUGGAAGGGUCUUGCCAGGAUGUCAAGAUACCGGAACGGCCAUUGUCAUGGGCAAAAAGGGACACUUGGUCAUGACCGAUGGAGAAGAUGAAGCCGCAUUGAGUGCUGGCGCGGGAGAUGCCUACCGUGAACUCAACCUGCGAUACAGUCAAGUGGCUCCCUUGGACAUGUUCACCGAAAAGAAUACGGGGAACAAUUUGCCAGCUCAAAUUGACUUGUUCGCGGCCAAGGGUGAUGAGUACAAAUUCAUGUUUAUUGCCAAGGGAGGUGGAUCUGCCAACAAGACAUUUUUGUACCAACAAACCAAAGCGCUCUUGAAUCCUGGCUCUCUGGAAACGUUUCUCCAAAACAAUAUCAAGACUAUUGGAACGUCGGCAUGUCCACCCUAUCACUUGGCCAUUGUCAUUGGAGGACUCUCGGCCGAAUUGACUCUCAAAACCGUCAAACUGGCAUCCACCAAAUUCUACGAUGAUUUGCCCACGACCGGAGAUGAAACGGGCAGAGCCUUUCGAGACGUGGAAUGGGAAAAGUACAUUCUAGAAAUGACACGCAACCUCGGAAUUGGAGCCCAGUUUGGUGGCAAGUACUUUUGUCACGAUGUACGCGUCGUCCGGUUGCCUCGUCACGGCGCCAGCUGUCCCGUAGGAAUUGGGGUUUCCUGUUCUGCCGAUCGACAAGUAUUGGCCAAAAUCAACAAGGAGGGUGUCUUUAUUGAACAGUUGGAAACGGAUGUGGCAAAGUACUUGCCCGAAGUGACAGAAGAUGAUCUCAGUGAAACGGUGGUUUCCAUGAAUUUGAAUGACUUGACCAUGGACCAACUGCGAGCAGAACUCAGCAAGUUCCCCGUCAAAACGCGUCUGUCGCUCACCGGGACUAUUGUGGUGGCACGAGAUAUUGCCCAUGCCAAAAUGUUGGAGCGUUUGGAAAGUGGGGAAGGAUUGCCUCAAUACGCCAAAGAUCACAUUAUUUACUAUGCCGGUCCAGCAAAGACACCCGAAGGCUAUGCCAGUGGUAGCUUUGGCCCCACAACGGCGGGACGAAUGGAUGCGUACGUGGACAAAUUCAUGCAACACGGUGGAAGUAUGAUUACAUUGGCCAAGGGCAACCGCUCGAAAGACGUGACAAAUGCCUGUAAAAAGUACGGUGGCUUUUACUUGGGAAGUAUUGGUGGCCCCGCAGCCAUUUUGGCAAAGAAUUGUAUCAAGAAUGUUCAAGUGCUGGACAACGAAGAAGAUGGUAUGGAAGCUGUGUGGAAGAUUGACGUGGAAAACUUUCCCGCAUUCAUUGUGUGCGACGACAAAGGUGAAGAUUUCUUUCAAGAAUGGCUUGGAUAGGUACCGUAGGAAAAAGUCGAGUUUUACAUGUAGUUUUUACAUAGGAGUGCACAAAGUUAUCAAACAGCCUUGCAUAAGUUGAACCUCAUCAUGAUUUCGUGAAU